UUUGCUCUCCUUCUUAAGGAUCUCAAAAUCCUCAACACAGAGCUUGGCCGAUUAGCAAUGUCUUCUGGUCUCAUCACUCACUUACUUCAAGUGGCAAUUACAUCAGUCAACACAAUAUGGUUUUCCAAUCUUAAAAAUAAGCAGGACUACAAUCAAACUCUAGAUUCAUUCCUUUGCAUGGCUCUUGUCAUCUUGAUUAUCUUUAUCAUCCGGCCAGCCCUUCUGUGGGUAGUCCAACAGACACCUAAAGGCAGGCCUGUAAAUGAUUUGUACAUCUUCUUCGUUAUCCUUCUUUGCUUUGUCUCUGGUGUUUUCUCUUAUUAUCUGGAUGUAGGAGUGCUGUUUGGGCCCUUCAUUGUUGGAUUGGCUAUACCUGAGGGGCCGCCUUUAGGAUCUGCUUUGGUCGACAAGCUUGAUACCUUUUCUUCAGGUGUGCUUUUGCCUACAUUCAUCACUCUGGUAACCCUGAGAACAAGUCUAUCUGCACUGGCAAUAAACAAAUCCAGUAUCAUGGUGUCCAUCGUACUCAUGGUCGUCCCUUUCGCAUCAAAGAUUAUAGUAUGCUCCCUGGUUGCAAGAUAUUGCAAAAUGCCCUUGAAUGAUUCAAUAGCACUCGGUCUAAUCAUGAGCAUAAAAGGGGUUGUGGAUUUGGCUACGUACAGCUUCAUAAGGGACCAAGGGAUUAUCGAUCAAACGACCUUUGCUUUGUUGGUUAUUUCAACAGCAGCCAUAGCCAUGUUUGUUCCUUCUAUGGUACAAUUGCUUUAUGAUCCUAGCAGAAAAUAUGCAAGCUACCAGAAAAGGAACAUCAUGCACUCAAGACAUGGAGGUAAGCUACCAAUACUUGCAUGCAUUCACUCAUCAGACAACAUUGUGGCUACCAUAAAGCUACUUGAUGCCUCUACUCCCACGGUAGAAAACCCCAUUGUGGUCCAUGCCCUUCACUUAAUUGAGCUACGUGGUCGAGCCUCGCCAAUCUUCAUAUCCCACCAAGUUCACAAGAGAACAGAUAUUUCUUACUCUGAAAAUGUUAUACAUGCUUUUAAGCAAUUUGAGAGAAACAACUGGGGAUCCGUGGCUGUCCAAGCCUUCACGGCAAUCUCUCCACGCAACCUAAUGCACGAGGAUAUAUGCACGCUUGCCCUUGAUGUCCUUGCUUCCCUGAUUAUAGUCCCUUUCCACCGAAAAUGGGGCAUUGAUGGAUCAGUUGAAUCUGAAGAUCAAUGUUUAAGGAUGGUAAAUCGCAAUGUUCUCGACAGGGCUCCUUGCUCAGUAGGAAUUCUCGUUGACAGAGGACAUCUUGGACGUUCUGGCUCAAUGACAUUAUCCGUGAAAGCACACUUUGUCGCUGUGAUCUUUCUUGGAGGAAAGGAUGAUCAGGAAGCACUGACACUGGCAAAGCGUAUGACCAGGAAUGAGAAUGUUAACCUCACCGUCAUGAGAUACAUCUCUAAGGGUCGUGACGGUUCCGACAUGGAGGAUGACAUGAAUGACAUGAAGGUGCUGUAUGAUUUUAAGCAAAACAGAGUUGGUCAAGGCAAUGUUACUUACAUUGAAAAGGUAGUAAAUGAUUGCCCUGAAUUGGUACAGCUAGUCCGAUCCAUGGCUGAUCAAUAUGAUCUUAUUCUAGUAGGAAGAAGGUAUAAUAAAGAGUCUACAUUGACAAGAGGACUUGAGGAAUGGAGUGAAGUUCCAGAGAUAGGAGUCAUUGGUGACUUGCUAGCUUCAAGUGAUGUCAGACGCAGGGCUUCUGUUCUUGUUGUGCAACAGCAAUUGACAACAUAUUAGAGCAGAUGUUUCUGAUUUCUUCGCUUUAUGUUUCUGGGAUAAUUGUUUCUUGUUUUUCCUGUGA